AUGGCUACAAUACCUGCAGAAGUCCCAAUACCUUUCUCCGAGCCACCAUACGCAUUAGGUCUGCCAGUUCCAUGGUACACACCAGAACUCCAACAAUGGCAGCGUAAAUGUCGCGAAUUCAUCACGGAGCACCUCACGAAGAAUGCCUGGGAAUGGGAAAAGGAAGAGACCGUGCCAGAGCAUGUCUUCAAGGAAUUCGCACAGAACCGAAUGUUGAUACCAUCACUUCCCUCUCCACUGCCUGUCCGCGAAUUGAAGGAUGCAGGCAUCCACGACGUUCUCGGGGUGAAAGUCGAAGACUUUACGUACUGGCACAACUACAUAUACGGCAACGAGAUGUUGCGCAGUGGCUUGACAGGUCCAUCAGGCAGUCUCACUACUGGCAUCGCAUUCGGUGUUCCUCCAAUCAUCAAGUUUGGCAACGAGCAACUUAAGAAGCGGUUCCUACCAGGGCUAUUGCGCGGCGAAAUGAGGACUUGUAUUGCCAUCACUGAACCUGACGCAGGCAGUGAUGUUGCCAACAUACAAACGACUGCCGUGAAAAGUAAGGAUGGAAAGAAGUACAUUGUCAACGGUACCAAAAAGUGGAUUACGAAUGCCUACUGGUCUGAUAAUGCGGCCAUGGCUGUCCGCACCGGCGGUCCAGGUCCAGGUGGGCUGUCAAUGCUUGUAGUGCCGUUGAAAGGGCACAAGGGCGUUGAAAUGCGACGCCUUAAGGUCCAAGGGCAGAUAUCCGCAGGCACCACCUUUAUCGAGCUCGACGAUGUCGAAGUUCCGGUCGAGAAUCUAAUCGGCGAGGAAGGCCAGGGCAUGCGGUACAUUAUGACCAACUUCAACCAUGAGCGUCUCACGAUCGCGAUUGGCACGACACGACAAGCCCGAGUGGCACUUUCUGCUGCAUUUGCAUACGUCCUGAAGCGGGAGGCUUUCGGAAAGACACUGUUUGAACAACCUGUAGUGCGGCACCGACUGGCAAAGGCUGGAACGAUACUUGAGAGCCAGCAGGCUUGGAUUGAGCAGUUCGUGUAUCAGAUGACUCAAAUGAAGAAGGAAGAUGCCGAUAGAGAACUCGGAGGCCUGACGGCUGCUUGCAAGGCCCAGGCCGGAAUCGUCCUGAAGGAGUGUGCUGAUUGUGCAGUCCUGCUGUUCGGCGGUAAUGGAUAUACCAGAAGUGGACAAGGUGAAAUCGCGGAAAGAAUGUGGCGUGAAGUCAACGGAAACCGCAUUCCAGGCGGCUCGGAAGAUGUCAUGCUUGAUCUGAUGGUACGGCAGCUGGGCAAGAACUAUCAAAAGAAGCUGAAGGAGUUGGAGAAGGGCUCGGGCGCAAAGCUUUAA